GUACACACCAGAUUCAGCACCAGUAUACCAACCAGCAGCAGGUUAGUGCACCGCGGACAUUCACGGUACGCGAGCAUAUCGGAUCACUCGAGGAAUUCUUUGUCUGUACGCAUAUUCACGCUACAGGUUUUUACCCAGUACUGCCCAAAAAAGUGCAAGUCGUGCGCGCAAACUUGAGGGUGGUACCUCCUCCUUUACGUAUGUCGUUGACAUAGUGCUCGAAGAACAAUUUGUCGUACGGUACUGCGGCCGUUCUCUAGUGAAGACAUCUGUCGUACCGACGUAUUACACUUCAAAAGGGUGCGAGGGGUGUUUUCAGAAAAAGUCUAGUGGUGUUUCGUGCUGUGUUAUGUGAAGUUGGUGAUUUAUCCUUAAUGCAUAUUUCGCGGUAUAUUUUGAAUUGAGUGAUCGAAACUAGUAGGCAGCAGAAAUUUUGGAUAGAGUCCAAACGGCGGCGUAAAGGCCCAAUCAACGGUGACCUUGGAUCGAUUCUCCCUACCCGGAUGGAAAAAAUGGGUCAUCGAAAAUGAGCGAACCAUGAGCGCCAAGAUUUUCAUAGAAUUCGAUAAAAUGAUGAACCAGGAUAUGCUACAGGUGGUCCACGAGAAGGACCCCUGGGCGGGGCUAGAAGACAACCGCGACAUGCGCCGGCGCAGGCGCGUAUCCACACCAUCCAUGCUGCGCGUUGACGCCGCCUCCGACGCGAUGGCCGCGCAGGCGCAGAAGAAAGGCAGGCGGAAGUCGUGGCACGCCAUCAGGUUCGAGCGCAAGCGCAGAAAGGGAUCGCUGGCCGUGGCGGAAGAGGAGACCGAGGAUGAUGCGGCUGCCGUGCCAGAAGAGGGGUUCGUCAGGCAGAAGAGGCCUAGUUGGUGGAAUAUCUUUGCGGGUCAGCAGUGGCCAAGGUCACGUAGGUCAUCACAAGAUGUGGGGAAGGUCACUAACAAGGAAAACCUGCCAUGGUUACGGAGUAAAAGCAGAAGUGUCGAUCAUGGCAUCACAACUCCUUUUGAUCUGGACACGCUUCGUUCAAAGGUGGACAGUCAGUUCGAUAGAAGCCUCGACAAAGAUAUCGAUGGCUCUGCGAACAGUCUUGCGGAAAAGAAGAAAACUGGACCUCCCGAGAAUACGACUGUAUAUACUGUUGCCGAUAGGGAUACCUUAACAUCUGUUGCUGCCAGGUUUGACACCACACCAUCCGAACUAACAAAACUCAACAGGCUAGCAACGCCCUAUAUAUUCCCUGGUCAACAGCUGUACGUACCCUGUAGAGAGACUGUCGAGGAAGAAUCUGAAGGGUCCACACCUGUGGAAGACUCGCAUGACGAUCUACCUCCAGAAGAAAAAGAAUUGUUGGACAACUUGCGGCCUGUCAGUCCAAAGCCUGGCCAUGUGGAGAGAGUGCGGACCCCCUCCUGUAACCAGAGCAGUACUGACUUGGAAGACUCAGAAUCUGCUAUUUUCAGGGAAAGGUUCCUCAAGAUUAAUGUCAGGCAUAUCACCGAUGGGCAGGGUGUCGUCAGUGGGGUCCUCCUGGUCACCCCCAACGCGGUGAUGUUCGAUCCGAACGUCUCCGAUCCCCUGGUGAUCGAGCAUGGCCCUGAAGCGUACGGCGUUAUCGCCCCUAUGGAGUUCGUCGUCAACGCCGCCAUCUACACGGACAUCGCGCACAUGCGCGUUGGUCAUCAUCGGCCGGAUGAGGGCGCUACUUGGGAACCGUCGGAGAAACCGGAAAUUUACUAUCCGAAGGGAGAGAAGGGAGUCAAGGAGGCUGCUUCGGUGGCUGGGGCGUUGGUCAAAGAUGAAACCUUCUCAGAGUUAGUGACCGGUGACGACGCCGAAUCCGUUUGUUCCUGUACCGAAAGAGAAGGAAGAGAAGGUGAUGCGUUUCCUAAGGCAUUCGAGAGAGAGCUUGUUACACCUACGAACCUAGAUGAACACGACAAUGUCCAAAAAACCUUAGAAGAAAGGCGGAAAUCGUUACUUGACCAUCAUUGGGCCAUACCGUCAAGAGACAGGCAAUCUAUAGAUACUGAUGAGUUGCCAGCCAUAUCAUCGCCGGUGCUUCAAGAACAACAAGCGACAGACGAUGACGAACAAGAUAGUUUGAACAAAGAAAGUUGUCACGACUCAGGGAUCGAUAUCAGGGAAAGCAGCUUACCUCCAGUUCCUCCUGUUGUACAUAAAAAGAAAUACAGCGAUGCAGAAAUAGUACUUUCGAAGGAUUGGGUGCCGCCUAUCACGAUAGCUCCGUCGACCUUGACGACAAGCGAUCCGACAGAUUCGACGGGGGGCAGGAAAAAAACGAACUCUGUGUCGUUCAGUUUGGACAGUACCUCAGAACCGGAUGGCGGAAGCGGAUCCACUGGGUCUGGAAACGAGGGACAGAAGGAGGAUGGAGAAAAGUCUGAUAGUAGGAAAAAUAAGAUGUUAAAAAGACUGUCAUAUCCCCUUUCUUGGAUGGAAACUUUGGGAGGGGAGAAAGAUGAAGAUAAAACACCUAGUCAUCCACAUUCGGCGGCGGAUGUACAACAUUCCUCAGUGUUUUCAAAAGUAUUCUCGAGCUCUCCGCUCCACCUGCCCGACUUCGGCUCGGGCCUGUUCCACAAGACCCCGUCGGAAGACAGCGGCGGAGGUGGGCUGGGCAGUGGGGGCCUGCCCCCCGGUUCUGCUUGUACGACAACAUCCUCCUCAUCGGACAGCGCAAGUGCCACUAGCGCCACUUCCGGUGGCGUCAGUUUCUUUCCGGCGAACUUCAUUGGGGCGAUGGGCGCUCAAGUGGGAGCCAUGGGCGCCCAAGUAGGGGCUCAGGUGGGCGCCAUGGGUGCGCAAGUAGGCGCUAUGGGGGCGCAGGUCGGCGCGUCCGUUGGCGCCGUCGGGAGGUCGUCAGUAGGUACGUUCAUGAGGCAACCUACAGAACCGGAAAAGACAAAAAGCAAGCCGCCUGUACCAAAGCUAGAUUACAGAUCGAUGGUGUCUGUCGAAGAUAUGCCGGAGCUGUUUGUUUCAUUUGACAAACUGAUCCCUCGCCCUGCACGUCCGUCAGACGACCCACCUUUGUACCUUCGACUGCGCAUGGGCAAACCGGCGGACAGACCGAUCCCCAGAUCCACGCCACUGAUGUCCUACGGGAAGAAGAAGAUGCGUCCCGAAUACUGGUUCAGCGUGCCCAAGAACAGGGUGGACGAACUGUACGCGUUUGUCAACGCUUGGGUGCCGCAUUUGUACGGGGAACUCGAUGAAGAAAAGAUCAAAGAAAGGGGAUUCCAGUUGGUAGAAAUGGACACAGAAUUGUGGAGUGAAGAGCCUACGCCUUCUGCUAGCAGACACGGCAGUCAGGACGGCGAAAUAUCAGAGUUAACUAAAGAGAGUUGGGAGCUGAUCAAGGCUCCAUACGCGAAGAUCUACAACAUCAUCAAGACGCAGACCAUUUCGGCAGACGGCAGCGAUGAGGUGCUGCCGAUGUCCGAGGAGUUCCGGCGCGCGUUCUACUCGACAUCCGGGGCGCCGUCGCUGGACAUCGAGCUGCAACCGCCUGAUUUGAUCGGCAUCACCGAAAUACUGACCGACCACCACCGAGAGUGCCUGUGCCGUCAUCUACCGGCUAGAGCGGAAGGCUAUGCGUGGACGCUCGUCUUUAGCACCAGUCAGCACGGUUUCAGCUUGAAUAGCAUGUACAGGAAAAUGCAGAAGCUCGAGUCGCCCAUAUUGCUCGUUAUUGAGGACACUGACAAUAAUGUUUUUGGUGCUCUAACGUCAUGUUCCUUGCAAGUAUCGGAGCAUUUCUACGGUACAGGAGAAUCCUUACUUUUCACAUUCACGCCCGAGUUCAAAGUAUAUAAUUGGACGGGUGAAAAUCUCUAUUUUAUCAAAGGAAACAAUGAAAGCCUUAGCAUUGGAGCAGGUGAUGGCAAAUUUGGAUUAUGGUUGGAUGGAGAUCUUUAUUUAGGCCGAUCCGAAUCGUGCAAGACGUACGGCAACGAUCCGCUAACGCCCAAGGUGGAUUUCGUAGUGAAGACUUUGGAAUGUUGGGCUUUCAUCAACAACUAAAGAAGCGGUGGUAAGCUCACCGUGGUUCAUAUCAAAACAAACAAAAAAAUGUAUAUCGGCCGCCGAACACUAUGUUCAGGUGUAAAAUGGAUGUCAGAGUAGAUCGCUUCACACCUAUUAGAAAAAAUGAUGAAGCACAAACGAACAUACACCUAUAUAGCUUCAGCCGUUAUGUGUGACUUUUGUCGCAGAGACCUGUAUAAUUUAGUACUUGAAUCUCCUGAUAUGUACUCGAUUUCUUAGGUCAGUCUACAUGCGUUAGUUGAAAAUCUGAUUCAGAUCUGGACCAAGUAGAGCUCCAUAGUAGAGAGGUAUACUCGUCCGCAAUGGAUUGGGAAACGGCAGCUUUGAGACCAGUCAAGUUGAGUCAAGCAAAUCCGAAAGUGAAUAGUCACGGUGUUGAAUUCUCAAUAUUAGUGAUUUUUAGCUUGAGCUUUUUCGUCAGCGGUUGAGUGCCCCCUUUAUAGUACCAUCUGAGACGGAAUAUCAACAUUUUUCGCUCAGCUUGGAGGCUUUUUUUGAGAACGCAUUGCAUGACUAGUGGAAAGUGUUUUACCUUUUAUAGCAGAUUUUGAUGAUUUUUCGCGUUCAUGGAACAAGCUUGUGAGUACAUCCAUUCUCGUCAAAAUAAUGUUCCUAGGUUUUUUUAUAUUAAUAAGCCCCGGAUUUUCAGUCGCUUAUCUUUCAAGUUUGGUAACUUUAUCUUGUAACUUAACUAUUGAUUUUCCAUACAUUCGUUCCAUACUACAUACAGCAACGCUGGCUCUACGCCUGAACUAUCGUGUUUUGUGCAUUUUGUGACGCUCAAUUUGUGUCUCGUGUCAUCCGCAAUAACCAGUAUCACUGUGAAGCACAAAGCUUAAAACUGUUUUACACUCCGCAAUACCAUUGCAUGCAAGCUGUUACAGUUGCAAGGUGGCAUUGUUUUAUCUGCAAGCCAAUUGCAUCCAGUCACUUGCAAUUGCAUCACGGCUCUGUUUCCACGAUUCAAUAGCGCAAGUUUAGACAAGCCUUUAUCUUUAAGGACACAAAUAUCUAGAAACUAGUUUCAAUCGCCGGUCAUACAACAUCAAAUGUAGAUCUAUAAACAAUGAAAUACCACACAAACCGGGCUAGAGGCAGUUGCAUCCACUUGUAAGUCACUAAAUAUUCCACCAGAAUUGCAGUCAAAAAUUCAGCUGAUUUAUUUUCAUGCAAGUCCGGAGAGGUGCAAAAAAGGAAGAAUCAGGUGUUUUAUUAGUGCGCAUGCGUCUGAUCAACAUUUCUCUUGCCUCUUGUUGACUCUAAAACAGGUAUUAGGCAUUAAGUAUUGCGGUGGAACUAUAACUUUCUAGUUAAAUGGUAGAUUGUCUCUUGGUUGAAGUUAAGUUUUAGGACAAACCAGACAUUAAAAAAGUCCUUUUAGGAGUUCAUGUUUUGUUAGCAGUAAACACAGUGGAAGCUGGUUUGCUGCUUACCAGCGCCGAUCGGUAGCGAAUUUCGGCGCUGGUCAUGGACACAGUGCUGACGAGGAAAAUGCAAAAUAAAACCGGCCCCCUUGUCAGUUCCAGCGUAGUCUUUGCGUCAGCAUGGGGUCUAGCUCACCCGAAGAUGAAUUUAUUGCAUGGCGCUAAAUAAUCGUUCCGGCAAUACCGGUGACGCCGACUGUCUACGCCAACAAGCCUGAGCCUGCCUCCGGCUUUCACUGCGUUUCCGCCCUUAAGCUAACUUCGUCUUUAGAGAUGAGUCUGGCUGAUGACAACGUUAUGUUUUUCGUGCUAUUGAUUGAAGUGAUAACUUAGCGCUGGUUCUCUUACCUUUUGGAGGAAGGUAUCUAAACACUUAUAGAAAAGUCGCUCACCGAAUCAUUCUCAGGAGAAAAAGCGAGGAGGUCUCGCCGUCUUGCAUCCUUCUCAUUUCCAAAGACCAAAUUAACUUUGUGACGAAACGUUUGAUGAUGUGAAAACCCAGGAACAUACAGUUUUGCCUAUAAUGGAUUCAUACACAAUCUUGUUUGGCAAAUCUCAGAAGUUCUACUGCGCUCAAUAAUUGAGGUUAAGCAAACGUUCAGUAUUUCGAAAACUAAUAGUCACUUCCACUUUCUGCUAGUUUUUAGUCUUGCUUUCUCGAAUUGACCUCCUAGAUUUCUAUCUGCCUUUAAUAUAUACGACUUAGUUAUGAUAUUCUAUACAUCAUUAUCUACCAGAGCAGUGCUUAAGACCUUUGCUCGUAGUUUUGUACGUCGGUUUGUCUGUCAGGUCUGGUGGCCUAAUUACCAGGCAAAGUUAGUAAGGAUCUAAGGAUGGGCGUUUUUACCAUUUCACUUGUAGAGACUAAAAACAUCUAUUUAAAUUUCGACUAACCAUAGGCUGGCCUAUAUUCUUUACUAAAGAGACCAAUUCGCUUGUGAAAAUGUGAAAAUAAAAUACGAUAUUGAUAGAAAUAUAGCUGCUUGAGGUAGAAACUUGUACAAAAGAACCAAUCAGUCUUUGCUACUCAAGUCAAACAUAUGCAAAGUAGACUUAUACGGCUGUCUUAUAAGAGAUUGUUGAACACUUAUAGUUUUAUAUCAAUGUAACGUUAUGAAAUUUACUACGCUUAAAACAUUUUAGUGCAGAGGCUAAGUUAAAAAAAAUAGACUGUCUAGCAUUUGGUGGUCAAGCUAUGAAUAUAGUGUUGUUAUAUGAUAGCAGUAGCAAUUUUGAAAGUUUGCUGGCAUUAUGUGGUGUGUAUUUGAUCCAAAGUUAAAAAAUUUUUAUUGGACUUAUGCCUAUAAAUUAAUUUACUUUGGACAAGUGACAAGUAGAUCUAUUCAUGAAAAUGUCGGGUCUGAGUAAUCACAUGUAACUUUUUUUCUUGACAACCAAAUGUAAGGUUAAACAGUCAAACUGUUAUAGCUUGUAACAGAAUGUAAUGCAUAGAUUCCAGCUAUUAAGAUAUGUGAGGAUUGACGCAGUAUCAUCUGCUAUAAUACUUCACUCCCUAAUGAAUGUUCCUUUUUGAAAGUUUUAAUGAAUUAAUCUGUACAUAGUAUUAGUUUUAUUUUGAACAUGAUGAUGAGUUUAUAGUUAAAUAUGUAAAAAUAUUUUGUAAUUAUAUCAGUAUCAAAAUGUUUUGUAAUCUUAUUGGUAUAGUCUUUUUCUUCAGCAGCUGAAAUUUCAAUAAAGAAUUAUAUCGUUAUUGGUUGUUUUAAUUUGCCAUCAGGAAAAAUGGCUACAAAGAACAAAUAUAAAAAUAUCUAUAACUUCUGAUACAUUGUUAUUCUUACCCAAAUCGCGUAUAUAUCAAUCAAAAGGUUUGUGAAAUUUUUGUUCCCUCUUCAAGAUUAUCAAUAAAAGGAAGUCACAAGCUUAAUCACCAUUAUUUGCUGUUGUGUUUUCAUCAAUAUGCAUUGCAUUCUAGUUCAAGUACAAUAUUUAGCUCACCAAAUAUUAUACUGUGUGUAUACAUCCUAUAAUCCUAAUUUCUAUAUUUAUAUAUUAAGUUGUUAGUUUAACACUAGUCAUUUUAUAUUUUCCACUGAACUGUUUUUGAACAAUUUUGACACUCGGGUACAAACUAAACACACAUAAGUUUUGGUUGAUAAAAAAAAAUACUUUACAUAGAGCUGAUUUGACAGAUUGUCAUUUUCACAACCUCUUUUACAAACCAGAUAGGUUCAGCCUAAAAUGUGCUCUUCCUUGAAUAUCGUCUACAUCUGCUGAAACUGUUAAGGAUAUGUUUUAUUAAAAAAAGGUACUUAAAAUUAUCCACACUGACUGUUUCUUCGUGUGUCUUUUAAAAAACCACCUUCAGAGUAAUUCUAACAAUUGCCUACCCUGACUGACAAAAAGCUGAAAACUAAAAAAAUAUUGUUUUCAAAUCGACCGAACUCGGGUUUACUUUGCACCAGAGUGAAAGUUUGUAGUUACUUAUAUACAAAGCAUCAAAAAUCUUAGGUUGAUACUGUAUUUUUUAAUGUUCGUAUUUAUGUUUAAAACUACACUGAUUAAAAAGUACACAUUUAUAUUAAGAUUAGUGAGAAAUUCCGCAGAAAAAAAUCUGCUUUGUUGGCAUCAACUUGUUGGAGAUAUAUCUUCAGUAUACAAAUAUUUAUAUUAUAUAUUUCAGAAGGUUACUAAAUGUGAAUAAAUAUGUUGUUAGGAUUGGUAAUAUUUGUUUCGGCUUACAACGAUUGACUGUCAAGUACUCUGACGUAUGAAAAUCAUUACCUUGAUAUUUGUUAAUCAGAUGAAUUAUUAUGCCUCAGUUAAGUUGUGUCUCAAUAUAUGCAAAACGUAUGCUUCAGAUAUGUGAUGAUUUUCUACGUCAUUAUAUUUUUUGAAUGUCUCGGAAAACGUAGGCUUGUAAAGGUUCACCAUGAAAUUAAAAGCAGUACCUACAAGAACUUGUCUUAUAUAAAAUUCUGCAAGAUGCAAGUAAAUAGGAACUCCCAGAAUUUUCUAUACAGCAUGUUUUUCUUGAUGUUUCCAUCUGUGAUCUGAAUUUCCCCAAUGUUUCUUCAGUUUCGAUUAAUUAGAUGUUUUACAAUUUCUUACGAAUACAUAUAAAUGAUUAUAGAGUGCGGGCCAAAGUCGUUUUAACUUUUAGGAGAGAGAAGCGGCUGUAACUCCUCCCCCAGUGUCGUUGCCAGGCAAUGUGGUGAAGACGCUUAUAUGGUGCACUCUUUCUAACACGCUUCUCUCUCAUACUCCGGGAAAUCUAAAAGGUCAGACGACUUUGGUUAGCACUGUAUACUAUUAUUCGCAUAGACCUGAUACAAUCAAAACAUUUGUAAAUAAUUGUUGAAAGCAAUUUCUUUGGUACGAGAUCUUUGUGUUUUUUUGAUCGAAAUUUUUUUCGUGGUGAAUCAUGACGCGAAACAUUGGACACACAUUGAUUGAAACAAAUUGUGUAUCAACAGAGUAGCGAAGAAUAGUUUUCUCGACUGAAGUGUUUGAUCUGCUCUUGGACUCGCUGGAAAUAAUUUUUGUAUGAGCGAAAUUUUGAAAAAUGACUCAAAAGGCAUUGAAAUUAUGAAUCAGAUCAACUCUCUAUAAAUAAAAGUGCAUUUUUCUGUAUUAUUCCUUAGAAACUGGAACGUUUCCUUUGGGUUAUUGUAGUUUAGUCACAGGCUCUCCAAAAAUGACGGAAAAAUCAAAAUAUCUUGAAAAACAUGUUUCCAGUAGACGAAUGCUGUACAACAAGAUUAAUCUUGGGAUCUCGGCACAUGGCUGAGUAAUUGUCCGUGAGAGAAAAUGUGCUGCCGCAAAGUGGUCCAAAACACCGUAAACCUGACAAAAAAUACGUCAUUUAUACGAUUUUCAUUAAACUGGGUUUACUGUUAGGUCGCUGAUUACAAAUUUGUGAUUAGUUUGUCGCUAUGAUUUAAAGGUCAAUUUAAGGUCAUAUAAAGGACAUUUUCAAAAGAAUCCGAACAGCUGAGCUCCACCGCAUGCUAUUUUGGUUUUUGUGGUUGAUAAAUCCUAAUAGAGGUCAAGGUAGUUACUAUGAGCGCAUCUGAAGGUUGUUUCAAGACCACUUCAGGGAUUUUAAUUCAAAUGAAGCCGAUCCAGACGCAUGUUACAUAAGUUUAGUGGGUUUUAAGUCAAAAACAGAGACUAGUUUAUUUUCAGGAAGGCAUCUUAGGGGUAUCUUAAGGCCACUCAACGGAUAAAUUAAAGAAAGCUAAAUAGUUUGCAAAUGUUAGGAAAAACUGACAGUAGAUUUUGUCUGGAUUCACAAACAUAAUUUAUACCAAUUGGGGCAAAGGGUGGAACCUUAUUAAAAACCUCUUUGAAUAAUACAAAGGUACUAUAAAAGUUUUGGAAUACAACUUUAUUUAUACAUUCGUUCAAAGCAAUUUCCACCACAUUAAAUACACUCUAUCCGCCAAAACCAGUCCUCUGACAAGUUUCACCCGGGAGUGCGCUACACUCGUUGUCCCAAGCCCUCAGAAGGUCCUUAUCGCUAGAAAACCGUUUUCCUUUGAGCUUCAUUUUUACAUGCAGAAACAGUGCAAAGUUGCAGGGAGCAAGAUCUGGACUGUUAGGAGGGACCUCAAUAAGUUUCAGUCGAGUAGUGGUCAAAUACUCGGUGCAGGCUUUAGCGCGAUGAGCUGGAGCGUUAUCAUGGUGGAGGUACCAAGUGUCCAUUCUUGACUUUGGCCGCAUGUUUUUCAUAGACUCUAUGACUUUGGGCAGGCACUGUUCCGUGUACCACUUAGCUGUGACUGUCUUCUGUGUGUCCAAAACGACACGCUCCACAAUCUCGCUCGAUUUGAAAAAUACAGCUAUCAUUAUUUUGCUUAACAGAUCGGAAUUUUCUGACAGCUACGCGUGUAUCCUCAUCAUCAAAGACCCAAACUUUGCUUUGUGCCUUGGUCGGCACAUCGUAAUAACAGAGCCAAGUUUCGUCACCUGUCACGAUACUGUUCACAUACCGAGAUUGCCCCUUAUCAAACAUUUUCAGCAUUUUUCGGCACCAACUCAUACGACGAGUCUUCUGCUCUUCCGUCAGACUAUGCGGUACCCAGAGAGAACAAAGUUUCCUUAUGUGUAAAUGGUCAUGCAGAAUUGAAUGAAUUGCUGAUGCAUGAAGGUGUAAGGUCUCCUCUAUCUGUUGUCAUGUCACUCUCCGGUCUUCGUCAAACAUUUUCCUCACAGCAGUAAUAUUUUCCUCUGUGCUGAAGUUCGCGGAAUUCCGUCUCAGCGUCCUCCAGAGUGAAAUUGAUCCUUUGGAAUUCUCUGUACCACCUGAAUAUACUCGAACGAUGAGGACCAUCAUUCUUUAAUGCAAGCGUCAUUUCGUCUUUCUCAACAUGCAGAAACAUGUAGACUCCUGCGUUCGUUUGUUAACUCAUAUUGCAAAACUUUUAUAAUACCCUUUGUACAUUAUUAACAAUAAUAAUAUAAAUGAGUGAACUGUCAUAUUUUUCUAUUACGUUAAUUGAAGGUUUGUAAUCUUUUUAUUAUGAUCCAUAUCCAGAUGCUCAAAUAUUUUCAAUACACAAUACAACGGAUGAUACAGAAACUCUCCAAGUUUGAGGUCAAAAAGUAGUAUCAAAUUAAUGAUGCACCAAAAACCAAGUUUGAUAGUGCCAUGGUGAAGCUAGGGUAAGCAACGUUCUGAUCCCAUGUCCAUCUUGUUGUUUAAACUGGUAACUUCAAAAUAGUAAAUUUUAAUUCAUUUCCGAUACCUUGUUUUUAUCAAUUUUUUCCACAUAUACUGGGUCCUGAGGGUUGCUAUACGGAUAUAUUAUACUGAGGUACCGAAAAGGAAGACACAGCGGAACAUAUCGCACGCUAUUGCAUGAGCCGCAUCCCUUUGCGUACGGUGGGACACGCGAGAUCCGACUGCUUCAGUCCAAAGGCACCAGCAGUGCCAGCGUUUUCGGUAUGAGAGGAUGGUUAUCGCAAAAUAGAGUUUGGAAGUAUUCGCUAUUCUGUUGGUCAAAGUUUCAAUGUGUAUACAAAAUGAGAAAAAUCAAAGCCGGAAUGGUUCUAUUAUAUGAUUGUGUUGUAGCAAUUAUCGUCGUGCGCCAAAAUGUUGGCCAUAGCGCGUACUUGUCAAUUAGGUACGUAGAAAACAUGCCAUAUCAGUUGUCAAUUUGAUCAUUUAAUGUUUAGAGGCUGUUAUGCGGGCUGCUCCUUUUGUUUGGCAGUCGACAAGGCUUCGAGAAACAGUCAAGUUAUGCUUUAUAAGGUUUGCUUUUAGUUAAUGAAAUAUACAGGGCGUCCUGAAGGUUGGGACUUUCCUUUUCAGAAACAAAUUCGUUUGUAACAAAGUCUAUUUGCACCGAAAAUGUAAAAAAUAAAAAUUCUUAGUAUUUAUUUGGUAUGACAUUUCAAAAACUGCCCUGUCAUAUAUUUUGUAUUUAAUUACUGAUUGAAGCUGUUGCUGUUCGGUUAAAAAACACGAGUUUAUGUUUACUGCUUCCCAAAUUCGCAAUAUUUGGGGCUGUCUAGGUCUUCUACUGUGCUCACCCAGACGGCUUUGCACGACAUCAAACAAAUCUACGCAGCUCGGAUGGAAAUAUCGAGGACGACGGCGAUGCUCUGAACUAGAUUAUCCUACACGCCGCGUGUCGCCUGUUUGGGAUUCAGACUCACAGAGUUUUAGAACCACAAAAUAUACCAUAAGCAAUAGCACCCCAUACCAUAACUCCCACGGUGUGGGAACGUGACUCUCUCUCUGUCAAAUUGUGGGUCACGUCUUUCCCCCCGUCUCAUUCUCACUCUUGCCUGACCAUCGUGCAUCCCCAGACAGACGCGGGAUUCGUCACUAAAGACCACCUGAAUCCAUGCUCGGUCCCAUAGAACUCUUUUUCUACACCAGAGCAAAUACGCCGAUGUUCAGUUGUGAGAGGUAGCACCCAAUGUGGGGCGAUAAAAAAAGGCCAAACUGUCGUAUUCAGCGAUACACCGUACGCAUCCCAACCAUCCUGCCAUGCUCUUCAAACCACUGAUUAGCGAUGGCUCGAGUAUUACUGAAUCUGCCUCUUAACCGGCGGUCUUGUCCCACUGUGGUCCCUCUGGGACGUGCAGAACCCCGCGCUCGCUGUUCUCGGGCUUCCUGAGUCCACGCUCUUUCACACUGCAGUAUACUGCGUAAGGAUCUGUUGGUCAUCCAAGAAAUUUCUCUUAUCGAUAGACCGGCUUCACGCAACCCGACAAUUCGACCCCUCUCAAAGUCACCCGGCGAAUUCUAUGCAUUCUAGGCAUUUUGAGCAAUCACAAAAAGGCUUCUCAAUAACCUACACGAAAUUUAACAUUCAAUUGACACCCUAAAUGUACGGAAACUAAAUGCUUCUUUAUCACGAAACAUUACACGCAGCCACCACAAAAAAACUUAACAGAAAAACCUGACCUGUUUACCUUUUUUUGUCACUCUGUAUAUCAUUCCCUUUGAUGGGGUCGGAAUGGUGUAUUUAGAGUUUUUCGAAAAUUAAUAUCUCGAUUCUUUUAAGGCUUUGAUAUAUGUGUUACUAGGACAACUUGCUUAUUACCGCCUGGCCUAUACGCUCGGUAAAGGAAAGUUCUGAUUUUUAGAACACUCUGUGGCGUUUUCUGUAAUUUGACCCGUUAGAAAAAUAAAUAGUGGGAAAGUGAAGAAAAGUACUUUCAUAAAACAUUUAUACAAUGAUAAUCCCCUAGGUACACUAAUUUUUAUUACAUAAAAGAUCACCAAACUAGCAAAUUGUGUUUGAUUAACACAAUCAAAAUUUUUUGUUCCAAAGGCAACGAUGUUCAAUUUUGUCACUACUAGGCGGCGUUAGUAUGAUUGGAGAUCAACUGAAAAAAACCAGAAAAGGGAAAAAGAGAAGAUUUAUAAUCUGAGACUGGCUAUUAUGUAAAAAUCCUAAAGAACGUCAGAUAAAAAGACGAAAUGAGAUAUUACAGACUAGGUAGUUUUUAGUGUGAAUAGUUCAUUCCAGAUCUGCUUGCUAUGAUCGCUACGUUAUGUCAUUAAAAACGUACAAAAUGUCAAAAAUCCAACGCCGACCAAACGAAUGCGCGAUUUUCCUCUCAUCGAAUGCAAACAAACGACUAAAUACCCGUUGGUUUAUGUUGACUCGCGCCGUACAUAACAAUUCGAACUCUUCCAAAUUUGUAACCACAUGAGCCUUGGCUUCCGUUAGGAUCUGGGUCUGUACGCGGCUGUAUGUGCUUCACUUUUCCAACCAUACAGAAAAAACAGAAAAAAUUACAAUAAGUACUGCAUUUAUCAAGUUUUUGGUAGUCUAAUGAUGAUAUUCAAGGCAUGUUAGGGAAUACAAAGCAUAACUUUACUUCAAUUGAGCUCACUCAACAAUAAAAAAAUAGACUGUGAUUGUGUCUAGGUUUGAAAUGACAAAAAGCUAUUUGGCUUUAUGUUCACACAAAUUUUAAUAGCGUUCAGUGUACUACCAAGAACCAUCAAAGUGUUGAUACUAAUUCAUUUUCUUGGGAUGUUUUCUAAAAUAAAGGCUGGUGGGGAAAUUUUGUAAUCUCUUAUUGGGAUACAGUAUUUUUUAUUUUAAUAUUCCUAAUCUAACCAAUCAAAUUUCUCAUGGCAUACUCAAUCACACUUUUCUUGUAAUUUGGCUGUUUCAUACAUAAAAUAAUUGUAGACUCAUUACCUAUCUACGUGUCAGUCUGAAAAAUUUGAAGAGUGAGUUCAACAUAAAAGCUUGGCAUAGAUAUUCUGCUAGAUGGUAAGAUGACUGCGUUGUUGUUAUUAGAUAUUUAUCUUAUUUUCAGCUUCUUAGCGACAAAAAAUGGCGGCAGCUCGUACGUAUACUUUCAUGGAAUUAGAUUAGUUGAUGUCUAAGUUGUGUAUUAUAACAUUUAACUAGAAAUAUUUAUCUGUAAAAAACAUGUAUAUAAUAAAGUUAAUAGAUUAUAUAGUUGUAUUUUAGCAA